AUGGAGAACGUAUCUUCAGCUCUAGGCUUCACGGCCAGGCUGAAGCCAGAAAUUCGGCUUGCCCAGGCCAUCUCGGAGUUCAGCGCCUCGCUCCAAAACAAGAACCAGCGCGCCAGAUUCAAGAACUUACACUCACAGAGUCCCCCAAAUCCGGACGACAUCAUCAGGCUCACUGAAGAGAUUAAUCGGGAUGGUGCUAGAGCUCACCGAUCUUGGAGGCCGUAUGGCACUCGACUUAUCGCCAUUUUGGAACGGAUGCGCCAUUUUGCCCCUAUCGGCGAUGUUCUAGUAGGAGGCUCACAGAACCUCAUCGCUUGCGGUGUCUGGGCUGUACUUCGCUUGUCUCUGGAGACAUCGCUCUCUUUUCUUUCCUACUUCGAGAAUGUCACCAACAUGAUGAUGAGACUAGGACGGUCCUUAUCUCUACACAAAGACUUCGCAAUGCUGUUUCCCAAGUGUUCGACGCUCCAGUCUUACAUGUGCGAGUACACUAUCGUCAUGGUUAACAUCUGUGCUAAGAUCGUGCACAAUUGCGCCAAGUCUGUCCUAUCCCAGCUGGCAGCGUCGCUUACAUCAACAUUUGACGCCGUUUUUAAGCCCCUAGAGUCAGACCUCGCAACCUGGGCCCUGUCAAUCGAGAAACAAGCAACGGUCCUCCUUGCUAAAGCCGAACUUAAAAGCCACUCGUCAAUUCUAGACCGUUUCAACCGUUUGCAGAUCUCCAUGUCAACAGAAACAGCAAAUCGACAAAUGGAGGCACGCAAGCAUCGGCUGCUCACCGCGCUGUGUCCAGACCAGGGCGAAUUCAACCUCAUCUGGCGGCGAGAAAGAAAGAGAGGCACGUCAAGCUGGAUGUAUGAUCAAGUCGCAUACAAAGACUGGCUAUCCUCUAAGGUCGGAUCCGUCCUUUGGCUCAAAGGCAACCUUGGGUCUGGAAAGACAGUAACGAUGGCAUCUGCCGUUGCACACCUGACUUUAGCUGCCCCAUCCAUUGAUCCUCAGGGAGUUACCACGGUGUCAUACUUCUUCUGCCAGAGCAGUAAUCCAAAGACCCUAUCUGCCACCAAUUUGCUUGAUAGCAUUGUUGGACAAGUACUGCAGAAUCCUGCUAUGGAAUCUUCCCUGAUGUCAUUAUUGAAGCAGCCAGAGACAAUUCCUUUUUCUCGCCUGACCCCCGAGGAGUGCAUUGACAUUUUGAUCAAAACCACACCCUCGACUUGGAGAGGGAUCUUUGUACUUGAUGGGCUAGAUCAGAUAUCUGAAGAAGCUGCCGACGACGUUUUUUGUCAAUUACACCGGCUCAAGGACCAUCGCCUUAUAAACAUUCUAUGCUCAUCACGGUCCACGUCGGCGUGUUACUCUACUGUCAAGUCUAGAUUCGACGAGGUACUGACUCUCUCCAUGGAGACUGCAGACAGGUCCCAAGAGAUCCGUGCGUACCUUACAGCGGAAAUCACAAGAUGGAAUGCUAUUAGACCCUUACCAAUAGAGAUAGAGAGUUUGGUGGAGGAACAACUCCUCGCGGGGUGUCAAGGAAUGCUUUUGUGGCUCUCUCUUCAAAUUGAAGACAUCUGCCCCAGAUACACCCAAGAACUGCGAUCGGACGCGGAAAUUUUGAAUAUACUUGGAAACCUGCCCCAAGACUUGCCUGAGGCGUUCGACAAGGCGCUAUCCCGGGUGCGCGAUGGACCACAAGGCAGUAAGCUCUUCCAGUUGGUCGCAUCGGCCGAACCGCCUAUGAACAUGGAUGAACUACGCGUCGCCUCGAAUGUUGAGCCGGGAAACACAGCUUGGAAUAGCUCAACACUCAUUGGCAAUGGGAAAGCACUUAUUUCGACAUAUGGGGGAAGCCUCCUCGAUAUUGACGAAGAAGAUCUUCGCGUCAGGUUUAUACACUACAGUGUACUCCUGCACCUCACUACCCCUUCGUCUGAAGGGGAUACUAACAUCUUUCACUUUGACCUCCAAGAAGCUGAAAUGAUGCUGGGCGCCGUUUGCGUAACAUACCUAAGCUACGCUGUUUUCGAGAAUCGGAUAUCUAAAGCGCAGAAAGCCUCCUUUGCACAUGUACCUCAAGUAACAGCUAGGUCUGUCAUGCCGUCAGAAUCAUUUCGCAAAGGUGUCAAUCUGCUCGCAAAGUACAGGCGUCAGCGAGACCCAGAAGUGGAUUUAGAAAGAAUAUCAUACGAGCUGCAGCAGCAAAGAUGGAGGAUAAGUGACGACGUCUAUCUCUUCCUCGAUUACGCCAAGGAUCACUGGCUCUUACCAUCCCGGAACAUCUACAGAGACAAUCGACCCAGUAUUCUUGCGUUGUGGGAGAAAAUGAUAACGACCCCAAUCGUGUCAGAUUUACUGCCCUGGAGUACCAUAGCCCAGGCGGUAACCUGGGCUCUCGAAAACAACCAUGCGAGUCUGUUUCAACACUAUCUUCACUCAAAAUACCAUGAAAAUUUACAUGUGGUCCUCUCGGCUGCGGCAGACGCUGUUAGAACCGGAGUGUCGCACAUCCAUCUCGAAGGGGAAGGCUUGGGGUGGCUAGGCCCUCUCUACGUCUUAUCUCCAGGGUAUGAAGCAAUAGUUAUGGAAGCCUUCGUCGAGCUGGGUUGCCUUCCCUACAAGUCUACCCUGGCGGUUUCUCCUGGCCUUAAUAUAUACGAACCUUCCCUAGUGAUGAGCGCUACAUCGUAUCUUGUCGAAGGUCUGAAAUUAUAUUCCCAGCGUCCAGAAACCCUGGCAUAUAUUCUCUUUCUUGCCAACUACUUGGAUGAUCCUAAUUUGGUCUUGGUAGAUGGGUCAACAAUCCUGCAUCUCGCCAUUGAUUGUGGAUGUACACCUCUGGCUCACCAAUUGCUCUCCAGGGGUGCAGCUCCAAAUGAGAGGCAGAGAUUAGGGGAACUCACUCCCCUUCAACUUUGUACUAAUCGGAAGCUUUUGCGCCUUGCGGAGCACCUGGUCAAAUUAGGAGCACAUGUCUCCUUCGACAAGUUUGAUGAGGAGUCGCCGCUCCUGUUUCUCGCCAUCGACGAAUCAAACUGGGAACUAUUCUCCAUCUUACUACGUAAGGGCGGAUUCUCGUGUGAUGGAAUGUAUGGCUUCAAGCUUGACACCGCCUGUCAUCGUCUCUGCAGGAACCGGUCUGAUUACUAUUCACAGUUUUCAGAAGCAGCCUUGAAAGCCCUGAUCCAGUACGGCGCGAAUAUACACCUGAGAAAUGCAGCUGGCGAAACUCCUCUGCUAAUGGCGGUGGAGUCAAGUAAACAGCGACUAACAAAGAUUCUCCUCGAACAUGGAGCGGAUACAAGAGUUGGGGAUAAUCGUGGAGCCCAGCCGUUGCACUUCGCCAGGAACGCAUUCAUGGUACAACAGCUCUUGCUUCACGGUGCUGAUCCUGAAGCGGCGGCUGGCGGUUACGUUACGCCUCUGAUGCUCGCAGCAUAUCAGGGCCGAUCAGAAGCCGUGAGAGUACUUCUCGAUAAUGGUGCUGACUUCAAGCGUCCUAUUGGCAAAUUGGAUGCAACUCAAAUUUUAUUUCUAGGUUGGAGGGACCCGGGUGUGCCUCAGUCUUGGGCAACCGCCUUCGACCUCUGCUUGGCAAGACUAGAUCAGAAGAUCAAGCAUCUGCAUAUGCCUGGCGACAGCCGAGCAAAUCAGUCCGAAACUAUCCGUCAGCCCACGAAGAUGGCAGUUUCACCAGAAGUAUACACAAUAAUCUCCCAGAAAAAAGCGCAAUAUUGCCGCUACGCCGACUCUCACCUCUGGCACAAAUUCGACACAAUCAUGCUCCCCAACGCAACAUACUCCUUCCACGAACCUGACGGUAGCGUGAUCAUGAAAGGCGACCUACCGAUGAAGUGGUCAAGCCGUGAUGACUGGACCGCGUUCUUCAGUAAUGAGAACAAGGAUCUGCAGGCUAUUCACAAUGUUGGACCUGCAGAGAUGGAGCAAGUUUCGCCGGAUGAGAUCAGGGCUGUUUUUCCAUUAAUUUAUCAUGUUGGGAAUAAAGAGCCUGAUUCGGGGUUUCAUGGGACUGGGGGCGGGUAUUAUCAUGAGACGUGGAGGAAGGUCGGUGAUGAUUGGUUUAUGGAGACGUUGAAGAUGGAUAGGCUGUACUGGAAGGUCAUCAUGCAAUGA